GAAAAGAUAAAACCUGAACUAAUCCUGUUGGCAGAGCCGUUUGAGAUGGAAGCAGGUUGUGGUGAGAAGAAGAAGAGGAGGAAAGGAGAGAAAGAAGAGGCAGAAAAGUAAAAGGAAACACGAGAAGCGAAGAGCUUGCAAGUGAAUCAAACAAACCGAAUUAAAUUUCUCCCACAACACAAGAAGGGCUGUACCACUGCGAGUAUUCACUGAGCCUCGCAUCCCCAGUCAUCUACAUCCCACAUCUCAUCAUCAAGAUCAUGAGACUCAUUCUUGUGUAUACUCUCUCAUAUUGUCAUAAUGACGGCCCUCGUCCUUCCUGGACAGUAAAUUGACUGGGAACUCCGAGCUAGAAGAGAAAGAGUCGCAAAGCAGACACUCCGGAUGAACGUGAAGAUAUAUUCGGCAUCGCAAGUCAGCCUCCGACAAUAUCUCCUCUUUCGGACCCUCGUUCCCCCCAUUGUACUGCCAAACCAGCUGAAUGUCCAGAACCUUGGGAUUUCGCAUCAUAUGAUGCAGGCCAUUCAGUGGCUAAAUUCCCUUUCCUUCAAUGAAUACAUCGCAUGUUUCUCCAACAGGCAGGCGCAGACGACUGGGUGGGUUUGGGGUGGCACAGACCGCCUGUUUAGGGUUAUGGCCAUGCAACAGCAAGAAGCUAUUCGUAACCUCACUAUUAACGGUAUCAAUUGCGGUGUAUCUGAGUCGACAGUCAAUACUGCUUUUCUAUCUUUCUUGAAUGCCAUCUCAGACUUGGGCCCGCAGCCUGCUUAACGCCUAUGGACGCUCACACGCAAGAAGCUUGUGGCGGACUUCAGCACACCGCAGCGCGAAAGAAAAUUUGUGUCCUACACAGAUGGGCAGCUGGAAAAUGCUGUCACCGGCCGGGUUCUCGCACUCGUCGAAUGCAAAGGUCCUGGGGGGACAAUCACUCGCCGAAAGUGGAUAUGCAAGAAGUCGCGGAAGUGAUUGCCUGGAUAAAAAGCUUUCCUACGGCAGCGGGGACUGCUGAUUCACGAGUACUCUUGUCCAAGGAUGGUACCGAGCUCUACAUUAGUAUCUUUACUUACGAUGAUGGAUGGUUGAGGUAUCUGCAG